AUGGACAGGGCCGCCAUGCCGAGAGCCUUCUCCGACCAUGGGAACUGGUUCAGCGCCGCCUUGUCCUCUGCGGCGGAGCAGUUCCCGGAGACGGCUUCAGCCGCGCCUACUCUCCUGUACGUCUACAACAAUGCCAUCCAUGGCUUCAGCGCGCGCCUCUCUUCGUCUCAGCUGUCGCACAUCGAGAAAUUACGUGGGUUUCUCUCUGCGUACCCGGACAUGCCGGUUCAGGUAGACACCACCCACUCCUUCGAGUUCCUCCGCCUGAACCCUAGCUUCGACCCCCACGAUGGCGAAGGCGACAUCGUGGGGGUCGUCGACAGCGGCGUCUGGCCGGAGAGGGGGAGCUUCAAGGACGACGGCAUGCCGGAGGUCCCCUCGUGGUGGAGGGGCACCUGCGAAGAAGGCGUGGAUUUCAAUUCCUCCGCCUGCAACAAGAAGCUCAUCGGAGCUCGAUACUUCAACAAGGGGCUCCUGGCCGCCGGAGCCAACCCCGCCGCCGUCGCCAGCUCCGACCGGGACACCGAAGGCCACGGAACCCACACGUUAUCAACGGCGGCGGGGAAUUACGUCGACAGCGCGAGCUCCUUCGGCUACGCGCGGGGCACCGUGGGGGGAAUGGCACCACGCGCCCACUUAGCCGUGUACAAGGCCGCGUGGAACGACGGCACCACCGCAACGGAUCUGAUCGCCGCUAUCGACGGCGCGAUAUCAGACGGCAUGGACGUUAUAUCCUUGUCCCUGAGCGUGGGGCCCGUCCCCCUCCACCGAGAUCCCGUCGCCAUCUCCGCAUUCGCAGCCAUGGAGAAAGGCAUAUUCGUCGCCGCCCCCGCCGCCGUCAACUCCGGCCCAUCUCCUGCAACCCUGCACAACGGAGCUCCCUGGUUGUUCACCGUCGGCGCCGGCGACCUCGACCGGGAGUUCGCCGGGACGGUGGAACUCGGCGACGGGAGAUCCAUAAUCGGUACAUCACCCUACGUGGGGGCAGCGGCCCUGGACGAAUCACCUCUCGUGUUCAUGGGCGCCUGCAACAAUAUCACGUCUUUAAAACAAGUCGGCCGGAAGAUCGUCGUCUGCCAGACCCCUUCGUUUGCCUCCACCGGCAUCGCCAUAAGCUUCACCGCCGCUGCCGAAGUUUCAGGGGGCAUCUUCAUAAGCCCCACGAGCUACAACCUCUUCUUCCAACGGCUUGAGCAUCCUGGAGCUCUCGUCAGCCCCGCCGAUGGGGCAGCCAUCAUGGAGUACAUUGAGAAGAGCCCAUCGCCCACCGCCGGCGCUAGGUUUGGGCAGACCAUACUGGGGAUAAGCGGAGCUCCGUCUGUGCCCUUCUACACCUCCAGAGGGCCUCCUCGGAGCUGCGCCAGCGUGUUGAAACCCGACCUCGUGGCGCCUGGCACAAUGGUUCUGGCCUCCUAGACGCCGAGCUCCACGGUGGGAGGCGUCGGGUCGAGGGUGGUUUACAGCCCCUUCAACAUCGCCACCGGAACCUCCAUUUCCUGCCCUCACGCCGCCGGGAUCGCCGCCCUCCUCAAAGUGACACACCCCCAGUGGAGCCCUGCGGCCAUUCGCUCAGCGAUGAUGACCACAGCCGACUCGCUGGACAACACCGGUGAGCCCAUCCGCGACAUGGGCGAAGGCGAGGCGGCGGCACCGCUGUCCAUGGGGUCCGGCCAUGUGAACCCCGACAGGGCACUGAACCCGGGCCUCGUCUACGACGCCGGCGCGGGCGACUACAUCAACCUGCUCUGCGCGAUGAACCUCACCAGGGAGCAGAUCACGGUCAUCACCAGGUCCUCCCGCGACGACUGUUCAACCCCGUCGCUUGACCUCAACUACCCUUCCUUCAUUGUUUACUUCAGCCCUAACGAGUUCUCCCCCGCCGCCAACGCUACCCGGGUCUUCCGGAGGACGCUGACUAACGUCGCCGACGGAAGCUGGAGCUACUUCUCCAGGUCGACGCCCAUGGAAGGGAUCAAUCUUCACGUCGAACCCCAUACGCUGGUCUUCAAGGAGAAGAACGAGAAGCAAAACUUCACCCUCCGGGUGGAGGUCAACACUGCGAUUAAGCCGGGGAUCUGGGUUGACUCCCUCGGUAAGCACGUAGUGAGGAGCCCGAUAGUGGCCACCACCCUGACCGUGGAGCCCCUCUCGUGA